AUGGCAUCUAAUUUUCGUUCAAGAAAAGAUUUCAAGCCAACAGAUGAUGAACUGAUCCGGUUGUUCCUUUACAAUAAGGUCCAUGGCAAACCUUUGCCUAGUGAUGCUACCAUUCUUGAAUAUGAUUUGUACGGUGACAAAAACCCUUGGGAAAUUUGGGAAGCUUUUGCUGGUUCCAACUCAUACAGUGGAAAGGACCUGUAUUUCUUCACCACACACAAGAAGAAGUUCCAGAAUGGGUCACGUUUAGUUCGAACCAUUGGAAAGGGUUCAUGGGAAGGUGAAGAUGUUGGGAAAGAAGUAGUGGCCAGUGAUACUAACCAACGCAUUGGGAUAAAGAAACGUUUCCGAUUCGAGAAGAGUGGCACUCACCACGAUGGUGCAUGGAUCAUGCAUGAAUACAGCCUUGAUUCAUCUUUGUCAAGUGAUACAUCAGCCAACAAUUAUGUUCUAUGCAGAUUUAGAAAGAAUCUGAGACAUAAUGUUGGUGUAAAAAGAGGUAGAGGAAGAACUAAGACAGAAGAGAUCAAUGUCACCAAUCAAAGGAGAACCGUCGUUCUUGCACUUCCGGCACCCCUACAAUCAGACAACAAGAGUACUGUUUUGUUAAGGAAAGAUAAUUACCAAGAACCAAGAAACCAACCUCAUAAUGGAGAUCAGCAGAACCAAACCCGUGAAUCUACCACUAAAACCGAGUUUGAAGAUAAUAAGGAUGAAGAUGGUGAUAUAAAUAUGUCUUGGCCAGAGUUAUUUUCACUGCAGUUAAGAAAUUUUAAGGGAUGCUUGAUCCAAGAGGAAGAGAUCCCUAUGAUUCCCAAUACCUUUUACAUGGAUUUGAUGUCUGAAAAUAUUCGUAGUAAAUAA